CCAAGGAAAAACAAAAAUUCUCAUAUUGGGCCAAAGCGAAUAAAGAAAGUGGGCCGUGAGAAGCCCAUUAUGAACCCAUACCGUUGAAUAUUGUUUUUCGAACCAACUAACCGACACUUGGUAAAACAUAACAACAGGAACAUUAGUUACAUUCCCACGAACCGAGCAUUAGUUAUAUUCCCACGAACCCAGUCCCUGUUUCUCUGUCUUUUUUUUCUUUAUCCAUGCGCGUUGUGGAGGACAGACAGAAUGCACCAAGUUUAGAUCUAGCCUGUGAUACCAAUCGCAUAUAUAGAGCAAGCUCUAUAACACUGCAUAGAACAUUGUACGGAUCCGUGUCCAGAACAGGUGCAAUAAAAUAUACUAUAUAACAUCGUUGUGGUGAUUGAAUCAUGUCGCGGAGACCGGUGAAUCCGUCUCGGCGAUUCGGAGACAGUGGAGGUGGAUUGUUUUCAUCUUCGAAAUCAAAGUCGUCACCGGUUGUGUCGGUUGGGCUCAUAAUUGUGGGAUGCCUGUUUCUCAUUGCGUAUGUGUACAAGGGCUCAGGCGUUUUUGGUAGCCGUUUGGAGUCUGUGAGCAGGGUUGAAGGUGAUUAUUUGUGUGCUGGAGAGGUCCUACGAGCAAUUCCCAUUUUGCAGAAAGCAUAUGGUGAUAGCUUACAUAAAGUUUUGCAUGUUGGUCCUGAUACUUGCUAUGUGGUCUCUAAAUUGCUAAAGGAGGAGGAAACUGAAGCCUGGGGUAUAGAACCUUAUGAUAUAGAGGAUGCUGAUGGUAAUUGCAAAACACUUAUCGGCAAAGGCAUUGUGCGUAUGGCUGAUAUCAAGUUUCCUCUUCCAUACAGGCCAAAAUCUUUCUCUCUUGUAAUUGUUUCGGAUGCCCUUGAUUUCUUAUCUCCCAGAUACCUUAACAAAACUCUUCCAGAUUUGGCAAGGGUAUCAGCUGAUGGAAUAGUGAUAUUUACUGGUUUUCCAGAUAAUCAAAAGGCUAAGGUUGCAGAUGUUUCUAAAUUUGGAAGAACAGCUAAGAUGAGGAGUUCAUCCUGGUGGGUUCGGUUUUUCCUUUCGAUUAACUUAGAGGAGAACGAAACUGCUUCCAAAAAGUUUGCACAGGCUUCAACUAAGAGUUCAUACAUUCCAAAUUGCCAGAUAUUCCACCUGAAGUCUCUCCAUUGACUUUCAGGAUGCUUUAAGUACAACAAUCAUUUGUACCAUGUGUUUUCAUCUACAACGCUUUCUUUUAUAAAGGCAAUUAAUUAAUCAAUUUUUUUUCACCAUGGUA